AUGACUCUUCUGCCAUCGCCUCUCGCUCACUCCACUUUGGGCGAAAAGUGCGCAGUCUAUUUGGACCACGUCACCGACCAUUUCCCCCCGUUCCUGCACUCCCUCCGUCCUCGAUUGGACCCGCUCCUGACCUACCUGCCCACACCCUUCCGCUCGCUGGCGCAAGCGCUCCCAUUUGACGCCGACGAACAGACCACUGCUCUCUGUGUGGCUGUUCUUGUCUGUGUGCUCUCCCUAAUCGUGAUGAGCUGGCGCAACCUGUGGCGCCGCUCGCCCAACUACUCAUCUGCCCCGCGUGUCCGUGACGACGACUUUAGCUAUAUCCGACCCGACGACAUCGUCGAUCCCCCUCUCAUUGGCCACCAUGGCGGCACUGCAGAUGCCGAACCCGACAUUCUGUGUCUUCGAAACCGUGGGACCAUCUACCCACUGCAUUUCCCCGCAUAUGCGAUCGACGAUGGCGAGUUGACCGUCGGUGGCCUACGCCAGGAGGCUGCUGCAAAGAUGGGAGCAGAGCAACUGAACUGCGUCAGAUUGUUGUACAAGGGCAAGCUGCUCAAGGAUGACACACGGACAUGCAAGACCGAGGGGCUCAAGCAACACUCCGAAGUGCUCUGUGUGGUUUCGGAAGUGGGCGCCAGCACACCGAGCGAUGAUUCCGACUACGAGAACGAGAGAAAUGAUAGCCACGAAGGCCUCCAGCCGCCUUCUCGAGAGGGACCAUCGAGGCUCGCACCACCGCGGCCCACGUCCUCGGGUCGAUCGGGCACACCAUCCCCGGCUCCCAGCCUGAAAAAUCUCCGCGCGCCGCUGGAACAGGUCAAUGUCUUGACAGCCUACCUCCAGCAGGAGUUGAUUCCCCUCUGUGAUGAAUACGUGACCGACCCGCCCACCGAGCCCAAGAAGCGGGACUUUGAAUAUAAGAAGCUGAGCGAGAUCAUUCUCGCACAGGUCAUGCUCAAGGCAGAUGGGAUUGAACCUGACGGCAACGAGGCUGUCCGAAAUGCGCGCCGCGCCCUCAUCAAGGAAGCGCAAGCCACGCUGAACCGGUUGGACAAGGUCGAGAAGCUGUAG